GCACUCACCAGCUCAAAUUCAGAUGGAGUUUCCCCUAGAGCAAACUGUAAAAACUGUCAGCAUCUCUCUUCUUUCUUCACCUAAGAAACCAACCCUCUCCUCUCCUUUCCUGGCACUCUCCAUCAACACUUUGAAACAAAGAUGCUGAACAUGCCGCCCUUCCUCAGCUUCGUCACCUUGUACGAGACCUAUCUCCGCCGCUGCUUCGCCAACGCCGGCCUCUCGCUGCAAACACUGAAGCUUGGCGACGAGACCACCAUUCAGUUCUGGGGCCCGAAGGUUGAAGGUGCCGCCCGGAAACCCCCGGUGGUGCUGAUCCAUGGGUUCGGCCCCCCGGGCGUCUGGCAAUGGAGGAAGCAGGUCCAGUGCCUCGCCCCUCACUUCGACGUCUACGUCCCGGACCUGGUCUUUUUCGGAGGCUCCGCCACCAGGUCCGCCGAGCGGACCGAGAUCUUCCAGGCGGCCUCCGUCGCGAGGCUCGCCGAUGAGCUGAACCUGGAGAGGUUCCACGUCGUGGGGACCAGCUAUGGCGGGUUCGUGGCGUACCACGUGGCGCGGAUGAGGCCCGAGAGGGUCGGGAAGGUGGUGAUCGCGAGCUCCGGGGUCAACAUGACGAAGGGGGACAACGAGGCGCUGCUGGAGAGGGCCAAGGUGGAGAACAUCGAGGACCUCAUGCUGCCGGAGACCGCCGCGAACCUGAGGACGCUGAUCGAUCUGGCCGUGCACAAGCACAUUGCGCACAUGGUGCCGGAUUUCGUAUUGAACGACGUCAUCAAUAAAUUGUAUUCGGAAAAUAGGAAGGAAAAGAUAGAGCUUCUUAAGGGAUUGACCAUUGGGAGGGAGGACGAACCCCACAUUUCUGCUAUUGAACAGGAUGUGUUGUUGAUAUGGGGAGACCAUGACCAAUUAUUCCCAUUGCAAAUGGCAACUGAACUCAAGGAGAUUGUGGGGAAGAAGGUGAAGCUGGAAGUGAUGGAGAACACGGCGCACGUGCCACAGGUCGAAGACCACCUGCGAUUCAACAGCAUCCUCAAAGGAUUUCUCAUGUGACCUGUCUUCUUUAAGUUUUCUUGCGUUGUAAUUAAUCAAUCUUAAUCCUAAGUAUGGCUUGCUUAGCUCUAGCUUAUUGGUGGAUUGAGGCAGGCCGGUCCUUGCCCUAGGAAUUCCACCUUGCAAUCUCAACUUAAUGUAUUGCUUGUCUAUGUCUGAUUGUUACCAAUAUCAAACCCUGCUUCUCUCUAACUUAAUGGGAUGAUUAGGUCUUUCUAUA